GCGGGAGCCCUCCCUCCCUCCUCCCGCAUGCCCUUCCCCGCCGCCCCCUCACCUCUGGAGGAGAGCGCCCGCAGUGGACAGGUCGCUGCCCCGGCCCGGGCGGGCUCCGGCCGCCUCCGCAGGUGGUAAUUCCUUCUGCUGGCCUUUGUAUGUGGACCACCUUCUGUCCUGUUCAGGCCAUAUAAAUUGUGACUUAAAUGUAGGCUCUCAAUCUGCUGUAAAGCUGAUGGGUGGGAGCAAAGGUAAAGAAUGAUGUCAUGCAGCAGCAGCCAGAAAGCAUCUUUUGUGUGAAUUGUGAAAUGGCCACUCCGUAGUCAUCUCCCGAUGAAUCAGACGUGAGGGGCCGCUUUGUGGAGCCAACCCUUUGUACAUCAACUGGAAGCAGGAGGAGACGCUCAGUCCAACAGCUCUUUCUGAAAAUGGAUUUAACUUUUCUUUUGCCAGUCACUACCAGCAUGACCUCAUACACUUCUAGUACAAUGGUGUGGCUAAGCCUUUGAGUACACAGCCAUUACAUCAUCGCAGCAAAUUAGAGAGGGCGGUGGGGAAAGAGGCCUCGUUGUUGUCAUGGCCCAUGAGAUGAUCAGGACCCAGCUCAUUGUCCCCGAGAAGUUGGUGGCUUUGCUGGAGAGUGGGACAGAGAAGCUGCUGCUGAUUGAUAGCCGCCCCUUUGUGGAGUACAACACCUCCCACAUCCUGGAUGCCAUCAACAUCAACUGCUCCAAGCUCAUGAAGCGCAGGCUGCAGCAGGACAAAGUUUUGAUCACAGAGCUCAUUCAGCACUCAGCAAAACACAAGAUUGAAAUUGAUUGCAAGCAGGAAGUGGUGGUGUAUGACCAAAGUUCUAAAGAUGUGACCUCUCUCUCAUCUGACUGUUUUCUUACUGUGCUCCUGGGCAAACUGGAGAAGAACUUCAGCUCUGUGUAUCUGCUUUCAGGUGGAUUUGCUGAGUUCUCCAGCUCUUUCCCUGGUCUCUGUGAAGGAAAAUCCACACUCAUCCCUACUUGCAUUUCUCAACCCUGCCUACCUGUUUCUAACACUGGUCCAACUAGAAUCCUGCCUCAUCUCUACCUUGGGUGUCAGCGGGAUGUCCUCAACAAGGAGCUGAUGCAGCAGAAUGACAUUGGCUACGUCUUGAAUGCCAGCAAUACUUGUCCAAAGCCUGAUUUUAUUCCAGAAUCCCAUUUCCUCAGAGUGCCUGUGAAUGACAGCUUUUGUGAGAAAAUUUUGCCUUGGUUGGAUAAAUCAGUCGAUUUUAUAGAAAAAGCAAAAGCAUCCAAUGGCCAUGUGUUGGUGCACUGUUUAGCUGGGAUAUCUCGCUCUGCCACAAUUGCCAUUGCAUACAUCAUGAAAAGAAUGGAUAUGUCCUUGGAUGAAGCUUACAGAUUUGUGAAAGAAAAGAGGCCAACCAUUUCUCCCAACUUCAACUUCCUGGGCCAGCUUUUGGACUUCGAGAAGAAGCUUAAGAACCAGAGCGGCCAGCCUGGCCACAUCAGCAAGCUGAAACUCCUGCACUUGGAGAAGAGCAGCGAGCAGGUGCUGGAGGGCGGGCAGAGCAGCCUCUCCCCCAGCCAGCUCUGCCUCUCCGCCGCCUCGGAGCUGCUGGAGCCCAAACCCACAGACACCCGCGGGCACCCGGCCUCGCUGGAGGACGGCCCGCUGGUGCAGGGCAUCAACGGGCUGCACGUCUCCAUGGACAAGGUGGAGGACAGCAACCGGCUGAAGCGCUCCUUCUCCUUGGAUAUCAAAUCCGUGUCCUACUCAGCGAGCAGCAGCUGCGUCACCGCAUCGGCGCAGGGCUUCGCCUCCUCCGAGGACACGCUGGAGUACUACAAACACACGGCUGCCCUGGAGGGUAGCGGCAAGCUGUGCCAGUUCUCCCCCGUGCAGGAGGUGUCGGAGCAGAGCCCGGAGAGCAGCCCCGACAAGGAGGAGGCGGCGGCGCGGCCGCAGGAGGCCCCGGGCCCGUGGCCGCUGGACAGCCCGGCCGCACGGCCACACGCGGGCCGCGCCGGCGGCAGCGCGGCCGCGCCCCGGCCCCUGCUGUACCCUCUGCACCGCAGCGGCAGCGUGGAGGACACCUACAGAACGAACUUCGUGUUCGGGCUCUCCACCAGCCAGCAGCACCUGGCCAAGUCCGCCGCGGGGCUGGGCCUCAAGGGCUGGCACUCGGACAUCCUGGCCCCGCAGCCCUCGUCCCUCACCAACAGCUGGUAUUUCGCCGCCGAGUCCUCGCAUUUCUAUUCGGCCUCGGCGGUGUUCGGGGGCGGCACCGCCUUCCCCGCCUACAGCUGCAGCCAGCUGCCCUCGGGCUGCGAGCAGCCCAGCGCCGUGCGCCGCCGGGCCCGCCAGGCUGACCGCGGCGACUCCCGGCGCAGCUGGCACGAGGAGAGCUCCUUCGAGAAGCAGUUCAAGCGCAGGAGCUGCCAGAUGGAGUUCGGGGAGAGCAUCCUGUCGGACAACAGAUCCAGAGAGGAACUGGGCAAAGUGGGCAGUCAGUCAAGUUUUUCAGGCAGCAUGGAAAUCAUUGAAGUGUCCUGAGGGGCGGAGGCUCGUGUGACUGUGGCAGAGCUGCUCCCCCGGCGUGUGAGAGGUCCCUGUAAAUCUGAAACUUUGGGUAAAGAGGUGGGGGAGGGAAGAACCGGAGGCUUUGCUGGGAGCCAGAGAAAAGUUGGUACUGCAGGGAAGUCACCACGGCCUCUGCCCGAGGAGACCAGGGUUGCUGCUGGGCUUUUCUCCUCUCCUUUCCAGGAGAAGGGUAGAACAUUUCACAGACCUUUCCCUGUCAGAGGAAGCAAUUCUGUGCAAUGGAUUGCCCAUCCUUUCAGUGGCUUUUAACAAGGAAGCUCUCUUGGUGUCAAACCCUUCCUCUGCUUCCACUGAACCAUGCUCUUACCUGUCAGAACUAGUUUUGUUUUUCCCUCCCCGUGCCCCACGUCUUCACCAGUGCACCUUAGCCCUGACACUGAGCCAACCUCUGGAGGGAGACCUUUUUCCUAUAAGAAAAGGAGACUGGGAGCGAUUCCAAAGGCCAUAGGGACCGGUUACAGCAAGGCUGGUCUGAACACACUGUUCAGACAAAUGUAAAUACUGGUGUAACUAUUGUUCUAAUGAAUAGGCUUUAGGUGAUUCGCUAGAGAGCUGCUUCAGAGAAAAAAAAACCCCAGUACCUCAAAAAUACAUAAAAUAAACUAGGGCUUUAUGGCUGCCACAUGCUGGUAGUGAGUCCAUAAACAAUGUGAACAAGUAAUGACUGGCCACGUUUAAUUUUUUUUUUUUUUUAAAGCUGUCCACGCACAAGUGUUUCAGUUGGCUCAGCAGCAAUUCUUAAAAGAAGAUGAAUGAACCAUACUUAAGACUGUUUCCCCCGGUCUUUUGAUAAAGUAUUUCUAUUUUUGAUACUAAGCUGGCUUCUGGGAGAGGGGUAGCUGCUUUGGCUUCUAAGUUAUAAAGGAGUGGUUGAUAUGUAGAGCUACAUGCAGGAGAAGUGGCUGGUACGAGUGGCCACAAUACACUUUUCUUGCCCAUUAACAAUUCAAUUGCUGAAAAACAAUUCAAAUGUUUAGGGGUUUUUUAAGGUAAAAAUGAGCUGGGGUGGGCUUUUGUCCUUAACUGAGCAGUUCUAGGGUGGAACUGCAGAUGCUUAAGGCUCUACCACGUCCUCACCCUCUGUAGCCCAGGGCAGACACCUCCAUCUCGAGGAGGUGUCACAGCUCUGGUUUCACAGGAGAUGAGGCACAGCUCUUCUCAUGUUUUUUAACAGCUGCUUCCCCUCCUACCUUGGCUGCUGCUCACCUUGGGCUCCGUGUGCACAUUGCCACGAGGUUUAUGGUCAGCGAAGGAUGGUACCAGAGCCACUGUGUAAAGCUGCAUCCUUCCUGCCCCCAGGGCCUUCCCCAGCACCCCUCAGAACAGCUUGAGGGUAAACUGUAUUCUUUUGUCCCAUUUCAGUGCAGGCAGCUGAAAAUUGUAGUAACAAAUAAUUAACCCUGGCCAACAGCUUUAAAAAAAAAAACUGUCAGCAGCAAACUGAAGCCCUAAUUCAAGUCAGCAGCUUGGGUUAUGUUUGGGGUUUUUUUACUGUAAGUUUAGCUAGUUUGUGACUCAAAUCUCAGGUUUAACUAUAUUGAAAAGUGGAGAAGAUUUUUGUCAUUGUUUUGUUUUGUGGCUAGGAUGUGACUUUAAUUUCCUACAAUGGACCGUUGAAAAUAGCACUGAAAGCUACAGCAUUGAUUAACUUGAUCCUAAAAAGUGCAAAAGCACAGAGAGAGGAGGCACCAGGAGUCCCUGAGCCCAGAGGCUCUUUGUGCUGCGUGUACAAGAGGCUGGACAAAGGGCCGGGGCAAGGGAGAGGCUGACAUCACCCUGGACACUGUGUCAGGUGCUGGCUGUUCAUUGAACGUGCUGCCACUUGUCUCUGUUUACAUCUCCAGUGGAAGUGAUCACAUCACAGCUAUUUUCAGCUGUGUGUGUAUUUGCCUGUGUUAACAGCUGAGCAGGGCUCCUCUCAGCCACAUUUCAGGAAAAGCGGGGGCUUUGAUUUAAACCAGUUAAUGGGAGUUAACACGUAUCAAUCCCUAGAGGCAGAAACAGAUUCUUCCUCUUUUGUGCUUCCUCAGACAUGUGUGUUCUCCCCUUCUUUGUGUGUUUGGGGUUGGUUUGGUUGAUUGCCUUUUGAAGAACUGAAAUCUGGUCUUGUGGCUCCUCGUGAUUCCCAGUGUGUUCUGGAUGAAUCCAAGGUGUAGGCUCAGUACUUACAGGGGGCAGGUUCCCAUAGGAGGAAGCCUUAACCCCACAGGGUGGUGCCCUGGCUCAUACCUGAACUAGAGUCCUGUCCCUGAACAAUACUGGAAAUGGUUGGCAGAAGGCUGAAAAGCAAAAUGGAGGAUGUGAGAGAGAAAAAUGUGUACAUAUUCACAAUGAAUAUAACGUAUGGCAUUUGGUGUGUGGCAUACUUGGCAUGUUUGGUGUAUGGCAAGCUGGUGAAAUGGUUCAGAGAGAUGUGAGUUUCUCAUCUUGUUGUGUCAUGAGCAUUACAUGUAUGUUAUGAUGAAAUAAAAUCAGAAAUGGUACCUGUUUAUACAGAA